AUGGCCUUUAAGUCCCGUCCGGCUCCAGCCGUCAAGAUCCUGAGUGACUGUGACAUUCACAAGCUCUUCCUGUCUUCGUCUAGAGUGAUUGCCUGCCUGGAGGAUGAGAAGGCUGCGCUCACCUUGGCCAUGGCCGACCGGCUGCGGGACUGUCAGGAUCUCGUGCAGGUGAAGAAUGGCCUCAGCCUGGAGGUGGCCACCUAUCGAGCCUUACUGGAAGGAGAAAGCAACCCGGAGAUACUGAUCUUGACCGAGCGCAUUGAAAACGUGCCACAAGAGUUCAGAAGCGCCUAUCAGUACGGCAGCACGGUGUUGCAGAGGGAGAAUGAGAGAAACCUGCUGUCCAGGCGGAAAGCACCUCUGGCGGGCUCCAGCCACAGCCUGGCGUGGCGCGCGGACCUGUCGGCACAGCCCAGAGCCCGGCCCGCUGUCACACGUGCUGCGGGCAGUGGCCUCCUCGGCUCGAGGUCUUCCUCCCUAACCACUACCCGGUGGGAGAAGACAGACGGCAAAACUGCCGACUCUCAUGAGAAAACCGCCAGCAGCCAAGUCAGCAUCAGAACUUUCUCUCCAACGCCCAGUCUUUUAAGGGAGACUGAGGCUCCAGCAAAAACAUUCCCUGAAAGAUCUAGAACCGCAGGUACGAAGGCCGCCUCUGUGAACGUAGCCAGAGAGCCCGCCGUUGCCCCAAAGCCCUAUCGGGACAGUGCUUCGGAAAGCACGUGGUCAAGUGAGAGAGCCGUCCUGGUGGAACGGAAGUCAGAGGCUAAUGCCGCGAGAGAGCAGGAGAGGAGCAGGCCGGUCCCCAUCCAAACUAAGUGGGAAGAGAAGAUGUUUGAUUCCAAAGAGAAGGCUUCCGAGGAGAGGAAUCUAAGGUGGGAAGAGCUGACAAAGUUAGAUAAAGAAGCAAGAAAGAGAGAAAGCCAGCAGAUGAGGGAAAAGGAGAGAGGGAAGGAGUCGGGGAAGGAGAAGAGUGUCCGAGAAAGAGAGGUGCCGAUCAGCCUGGAAGUCUCCCAGGACAGCACACGGGGGGUGGCCCCGAGAGGUUUGCAGACACCCCUCCAGGGCGAUGCUCGUGAUGGUGCAGGCCGAGGCGUGGAAAGGAGGGAGGCCAGGUUCAGGCUGGGCCCCGGCGACACUGCCAGCUCCCCGAAGGGCGACUCCACGACCGAAACCAUAGCCGAAAACAUCGUCUCCAGUAUCCUGAAGCAAUUUACCCAGUCUCCAGAUACAGAGGCGUCCGCUAAUUCUUUUCCGGACACGAAGGUCACUUACAUGGACAGGAAGGAGCUUCCCGGAGACGGGAAAACAAAGACUGAGAUAGUCGUGGAGUCGAAAUUGACGGAAGAGGUGGAUAUUUCAGACGAGGCCGGCCUGGACUACCUUCUGAGCAAGGAUGUUAAGGAGGUGGACCUGAAAGGAAAAUCGACCGAGCGGAUGAUAGGAGACAUAAUCAACCUGGGUCUGAAAGGAAGGGAGGGGAGGGCAAGGGUGGUCAACGUGGAGAUCAUCGAGGAGCCCGUGAGCUACGUGGCUGGCGAGAAGGCAGAUGAGUUUUCUACCCCCUUCGAAGUGGAGGAGGUUGAGGAUGUGUCUCCGGGCUCCAAGGGGCUGGUCGAGGAGGAAGGUUAUGUAGAAACAGAGAUCACGCUCUCAGGUAAUCAGCAUAAAAAGACCAGGCGGCCCCAAGAGAACGUAACUCAUGUUGAAGAAGUAAUGGAGGCGGGCGACGCGGAGGGAGAGCAGAGUUAUUUUGUGUCGACGCCAGAUGAGCACCCUGGUGGGCAGGACAGAGACGAAGGCUCCGUGUAUGGGCAGAUCCACAUUGAGGAAGAGUCCACCAUCAGGUACUCUUGGCAAGACGAGAUCGUGCCGGGGACUCGGAGAAGAGCAAAGACGGAGGGUGGGCUGGGAGAGAAGGUGGUGAAGCUGCUGGACGUUUCAGAACCUUCUGUGGAGGAAGGUGUGGGUUCUUCUCACUGGGAAGAGCAAGCUAGAAGUGGUGAAUUUCAUGCUGAACCCACAGUCAUUGAGAAGGAGAUUAAGAUCCCACACGAGUUCCACACGUCCAUUAAGGGGGCCUUCAAGGAGCCCAGACACCAGCUGGUGGAGGUUAUUGGGCAGCUGGAAGAGAGCCUUCCGGAGCGCAUGAAGGCAGAGCUGUCGGCCCUCACCACGGAGGGCCAGGGUGGCCCGGAGAACGUUUCAGUCGAUGUGAAGAAAGUCCACACCUCCGGGGGUAGAUCGGUGACCUUGGUUGCCGAAGUCAACCUCUCGAGAACUGUGGAUGCCAACCAGUUAGACCUGGAGGAGCUGAGCAAAGAUGAAGCUAGUGAAAUCGAGAAAACCGUGGAGUCGGUGGUCCGAGACAGUUUGGCCAGGCAGCACAGCCCCGCGCCUGGCAGCCCAGACAGGGAGACCGCAGAGGACGCCCCGGCUGCCGGCUUUCGCUUCAAGCGCUGGGCCACCCAGGAACUGUACCGCCCCGGGGGUGAGGAGGGUGAUGCUCAGAGCACGCAGCAGGUCACUUCCCCAGGUCCAGUGUCAGCCACCGUGGAAGUCACCAGCCCGAGGGGCUUCACCCAGUCACAUGUGGUGGAGGAUGUGAGCCGGUCUGUCAGGCGUGUUACAGUGGCCCCCACUGGGAUUUGGAGGACUGAGCAAGUCUCCCGAGAAGGACCCACCGCAGAAGUGGUGGAGAUGGACAUGAGUAACGUGGAGGCGAACCCCCGCUGGACGCAAGAGACCACAGUCUUCUUCCCCGCAGGGACGGAAGCCGCGGCAUGUGGCGCCCCUGACCAUGGUGCCUGGAGAGACGGGGGCAGUGGGGAUGCCUGGGUGACCAGCGUGAGCUUUCAGGGCUCUUCUGGGGACGGACACCAGGUCCCCGGGGAGAAGAGCAAGGCGCAGACCGAGUUUGACAAGACGGUGCAGCUACAGAGGAUGGUAGACCAGAGGUCGGUGAUUUCGGAUGAAAAGAAAGUUGCCCUCCUCUAUCUAGACAAUCAGGAGGAGGAGAACGAGGGCCACUGGUUUUGAUAAGCAAAUACUUUGUGCUCAGUGGCGUCUGAUUGGUAACAUGGUAGCAACAAGGCCUUUACUUCUUGGAAGGAGGGAGGCUCAGUCUUUAGGAGGACCCCCCCCUUUCAUACUUUCUCCAAAGAGCCCCCCCCCAGGCAAAAUCAGCUUACUUUACCAUCUGUAAAGGUGUCAGAUUGAUUCAUGCCUUUGAAGGCAUUGGAAUUUUACUUUUGAGUUGGAACUUUGACAAAAAUAUUUUUUUUAUCUUUUUUGGUCUUAAAAGUUCCUUUAUUCUGGAGUUUUCUCUCCCUGCUGGAGACAGUUUUGACCAAUUUUGCUCCUGGUCACGGAAAUGCCUCGCAUCUGUUUGACAUUAUAAUCAACUCUUUAUAGGGAAGAGGUCUAAAAGGUAACAAUAUAGUAAGAUGCCUAUAUGAUAACAAGAUUAAAGUAAUAUAUUUAAGAGAAAAUCUUAUUUGCAUGUGCUAAUAUGAAAUAAUCAACUAAUAUUUAAAAGGAAAAAUGUAUGCAUUUGUCACUUUUCCAAGUCUUCUCAAAAAGAAAGCCUACGAAAGAAGCAGAUUGCUUCCAUAAAAAAUAAAAAUUAAAAAAUCCUAAAUGAUUCUAUCUUUAGGAAAAAGUUAAAUUCACUUUAAGACUUGAAUGGAUUGCUUUCUAUGUGCAGCACUUUAAAAAAUAUAUAGGAUUUUUAUUUAUGGAGAGGACAGCUUCAGCCUGUUCGGUAUUCCAAGUCAGCACACUUGCUACCUUUGUGCAAGUUCAGGCCAGUGUGUAGGGGAAGUGACUGUUGGGAAUAGGUUAUUGUUUCCUUUUUGCAGCACUAGGUUGUUAAGUAGCAACAGCUUAAAUAUUCUGGUCUGUUACAGCCUAAGCUCUGCUCCCAUCAGAGUGUUAAGCUUCUCUGCACCUUAGCCUGUAGCACUGUCUACAAGUUUCAUUUUACUGGCGGGAGGCGGACCCUGAAGACAGUAAAGUGAAUGCCGAUGCUCAGGCCAGGGCCUGGCUUGCCAGAUGGUCCUGUGCGGCGACACUGGAGGCAUCGGGUGGACAGGGCCUCACAGAGAAGCCCUUUCAACGGACCGCUAAAGGGGCCGGGGUCUGGGCGAUGCAAAAUGAUGACCAACCUGGAGGAAGUUUUUGCAGUUUCAACAGAAAUCAUUACAGUUGGGUGUUUUGCCCGGGGGAGAGAAUACUAACGUUAUGUAGGAUGACUUGGGGAAGAGGCUGUCUCUCUGGCUGCUCUCCCAGGAGGGCCCCGGAAGGAAGGCAAAGGCCCUCCCCUCACGGGCCCCGGGGCACUGACCUGCAAGUACACACGAACAAGUUUAAGAUACUAGAAAGAGUGAGUGUGCUUUCCUGGGUUUGUUUUAUCUUAUAUAACGGUAUUGCGUUUAAGGCUUCCACCUUUAAAGGCAUAGCAUCACACGGACAUGACCUCUCCAGCAGCACGGUCUCAUCUUAAGCCAAAUUAGUUGCUUGCACGUAACAUUGUUUCUGUUUAGACUGUACUUCGGUUAACAGAAUCCUAGAACUGCCAGUAGUGCUGAGGAAUAAUGGCUGAAGGUCAUGCCACCCUCUAGUGGGUCAUGAUGAUGGGGGUGGUGGUUGUGGCAUGGGGGUCUUCCCUCCGGGGGUGGGGGAUGGCACACAGUGGCUCUCAGCUCCCAGAAAUGGCUACAGCAGGUAGUUUAGGGGGCGUGCAUUUUCUUAAUAAGUGGAGGAGAAAUGCAGCACAGCUUUCGGGAUGAUCUAUUUUACAAACACUGUGAAUCGGGGUAUAGAAAAAGUCGAACUGCAAGUUUAAACCUUUUGUUACCUUCCAAAUGAGCUAGUGAUUCUCACAGACUGGCACAGAGGUGAUGACUUUGCAAACACAGCCUCCCCGUUUCUAAUAGAGUCAGGGAUGGGCUGAUUUUAGGUGACCUGUCAUCGGUAAUGGUAUUUGUAGAAGUGGUUUAUUGCUCAGCGUGACAGCCUACUGUUUUGAUGGCCAGACAGUCUGAGGACGGGGGUCUGUUAUGUGAGUCUGGGGGGGCUUGCUUUAAUGCCCCUCUCCUGCCUUGUGAUCUUGUAAAUGAGUGCUAACGUGGACAGAUUAUUAAUAUCAUGACCCACCUCUCUUUGGAAAAUAUCUUAGGUUUUAAUUUAUAUUUCCAUGUUAGAACACAGAACUUUAAGAAGCAUCGGGCCAAGAGUACUUAGCAAUAUGGACCCCUGAGCUGUCUUUGGCUAGUCAGUCUCCGAAUCACCCAGGAGCAAGGCAUGCCCUCCACACUGUGAAGGUCACCUCAGAGUUCUGUGUCCUUUCAAACCAGUCGUUCUGGAAACCAUAGAAAUCAACUUCGUGGGUCGGGACAGAACCAAUGUUUGCUGUUGUGCAGACGAAACAGUAUUAAUGGAAUGUUUUUCACCUUCCCACUGGUUGUUUUGAUACUGUUUGUUUCAAAUGUAUUAUUUAGAACGGAAUCAUUUACAAAGCUCAUCUUUCUAAGCUCCUGUUCCCUAGGAAGGGAAAUGUCACAAGAAUGUAUAAAAAUAAAAAAAUGUUAAGAAAAAAAAAGCCCUCCCCAUUGUUCCUAAAGAGAAUGACUCUUUGCCAGUAGGUGUUUUUGUGGUUUCUAUUUAAGCUCUUAUUAAAACAUCUAUGUGUUUUACA